UGGGUGGGUCCUUCGCGACGCGGGGGUGGGCUCCGGACGCCGGGGCGGGCCUUGCCGAAGUCGGAGGUGGGUCCCUCCGGACGCCGAAGUGGGCUCGGGAUGCGGGGUUGGGACCCUCCCGAUUCCAGGGCGGAUUCCGGACGCCGGGACGGGCCAUUCCUGGUGCUGGGUUGGGCUUCUCCAGAUGCUCGGGCUGGGUCCCUCCCGACGCUCGGGUGGGCUCGGGACACGACAAAAGGAUGCCACGGAGAAAGAAAAAAGUUAAAGAAGUCUCCGAAUCUCAGAACCUGGAGAAGAAGGAUGUGGAAACUACCAGUUCUUUCAGUGUGAAGAGGAAGCGUAGACUUGAGGAUGCAUUCAUUGUGAUAUCUGAUAGUGAUGGAGAGGAACCAAAGGAGGAAAAUGGAUUGCAGAAAAUGAAGACAAAACCGUCGAAUAGAGCAAAGUGUUUGGCCAAAAGAAAAAUUGCACAGAUGACAGAAGAAGAACAGUUUGCUCUGGCUCUCAAAAUGAGUGAGCAGGAAGCUAGGGAAGUGAACAGCCAGGAGGAGGAAGAGGAGGAGCUCUUGAGGAAAGCCAUUGCUGAAAGCCUGAAUAGUUGCCGGCCUUCUGAUGCUUCUGCUACCAGAUCUCGACCUCUGGCCACUGGACCAUCUUCCCAGUCCCACCAAGAGAAAACCACAGACUCUGGGAUCACUGAAGGCAUAUGGCAGCUGGUACCUCCAUCACUGUUUAAAGGCUCACAUAUCAGUCAGGGAAACGAGGCUGAGGAAAGAGAGGAGCCUUGGGACCACACUGAAAAAACUGAAGAGGAGCCGGUCUCUGGCAGCUCAGGAAGCUGGGACCAGUCGAGCCAGCCAGUGUUUGAGAAUGUGAACGUUAAAUCUUUUGACAGAUGUACUGGCCACUUGGCUGAGCACACACAGUGUGGGAAGCCACAGGAAAGUACUGGGAGGAGUUCUUUUCUCAGAGCUGCCCAGGGUAGCGGGGACACAUCUAGGCACUGUCUGCCUACCCUAGCAGAUGCCAAAGGUCUCCAGGACAUUGGGGGCACUGUGAACUACUUCUGGGGUAUUCCAUUCUGCCCUGAUGGAGUAGACCCUAACCAGUAUACCAAGGUCAUUCUCUGCCAGUUGGAGGUUUAUCAAAAGAGCCUGAAAAUGGCUCAGAGGCAGCUCUUUAAAAAAAAAGAUUUUGGGGAACCAGUGUUACCUAGACCUCCUUCUCUGAUCCAGAAUGAAUGUGGCCAAGGAGAGCAGGCUAGUGAAAAAAAUGAAUGCAUCUCAGAAGAUAUGGGAGAUGAAGACAAAGAGGAGAGGCAGGAGUCUAGGGCAUCUGACUGGCACUCAAAAACCAAGGAUUUCCAGGAAAGCUCAAUUAAAAGCUUGAAAGAGAAACUUUUGUUGGAGGAAGAACCAACAACCAGUCAUGGUCAGGUGCAGGUUGAAGACACUGAUCUUAUAGUUCUCAAAACUUAUUACAGGUUACAGGAGACUUAAUCUCUCCCAAUUCCAAUUUUAAAUUUUCAGGAAAGGAUUUAUGGCUCAUUUGGUAUCAGUAGCCUAGUCAGCUGUGGCCUGAAGGAAGUUACUUGUCAAAUUGGCUGUGAGCCCACUGCUAGUGGGAUGGGAGGGGUGAGGGACAGUCCUCAGUGAAAGGAGACAAAGCAGACAACCUAGUAAGUGUAUGGACAUUAACUUUAAUUUUAGAAAUCACUUGGAGAUGUUAAAAAAUGCUGAAAAGUUUAAAGAGUAUUACGUAUUUUUUGUAUGGUUCAGAUCAUAUUAUUUAACAUUAUGUAAACAUUUUCUCAUGUUAAAUUAUAUAUUUUACUUUUAAUGGCUAUAUUAUAUUUCAGUUUAUGAAUUUACCAUAAUAUUUUAAACAUUUUUCUAUUGCUGGAUAUUUCAGUUGUGAUAUCUUUCUACAUGAAACUUUUCUUUAUUCCUGAUCAGUGUACUUAGGCAUAAGAGCCAGAAAAAUGAUGGGUUAGAGUUACGAACAUAAAGACUUGAUAUUUAUUGCCAAAUUGCUUGUCAGAAAGGCUAUUAAAAUUUGUAUUCUCUCUAUUUGGCAAUGUAUGAGAAUAUCUAGUUCACUGCAACCUUGCCAACAAGUAAUUGUACCUUUAAAAAACAAACUUACUAAUUUUAUAGGCAAAUAAUGAAAGUCUUAUGAUUGUAAUUUUACCUCUCGAUCUUUUGCUUUCAGGAAAUGUGGGUAGAAAGAAUUCAUUUGUUAAACAUUCUCUAUUGAACACAGCUUUGCUGGAGCUGCUUGUAUUUGAGACUUCUUGGUUGAUAGAGAUAGCAGGAGAGUCUCAAAAAUAGGGACUCAGAAAAACAUUCACUUUGAGGCACAUGACUUAGUCUAUAUUAAGGUUUAUAAAGCUUUAGAAUCAAGAUGAUAACUGGUUUUUGACAUCACUGAGACAAGAUAAAGUUGCUAAUGAAGGCCUAUAGAUCACCCUGAGAGCAUUAUGGCAAGGAGUUGGAAGGGGUAGUAUGUUGAUGUGACUACUACUUUGCAGAAUCUGAUUCUUAAUUUUUCAGUCAGGAUAGUGGAAUUUUUUUAAUCAGAAAUGACCAGAUUGUGUGGAGUUGUAAAAACUGACUUUGAUUUGCCAAACUUCACGCUGAUGUAUGUAUACAAAAUGACAAUUUAUUAAUUUAUUAUGGAAUAGAGACAUUUUCAGUGACCAGAAUACUCAGAUCUGUAUCUAUUGUCUUCUAGAAUGACAGUAUCUGGAGGGUUGAAAUAAUCAGAAAAUGGAAUUUUUAAGGGAUGGCUCAACUAGUCUGUGGAAAAAGCUAAUAAACUACCACUGUCAUACAAUAGAGGACAUUUAUGUGAUGACCAAAUGAUGUCUCUAUUCAUUUUCACUUUUUUUUUUUUUAAAAGAUGGAGUUUCACUCUGUCACCCAGGCUGGAGUGCAGUGACAUGAUCUCGGCUC